UGCUCAUGCAACUGUCACUGCAUCUCUGCACCUUUGAACCCUUGGUGUUGCGUGUCCUCCGGUGGCCGCGGCAGGAUCCACCGUUCAACAACACAGCAACUGUGGAAAGCUGCGAAACUUUGCGCUUGCGCACAUGGCAAUUGAUAGAUGCCUUUGGUGGUUGAAUUGAGGCUGUUGUUGACGAUGCUUCUCUGCGCCCCAGCAUGUCGAGUUCGUCGACUGCUCGAACCGUAGAGGAUGCAUUAACCGUUUCCGAAACUGAGAAUCUGAGAACCAACGACCGCACCCCUCGGCCGUACUUCCACGACGGUGUACAAGUCCGUCAAGACCGUAACAACCGCGGUGAUGAGCAUUUUGUCAGCGACGGCAAUGCGACCUUUGAACAAGCACAAGGUGGAGCUGGCGACAAUGAACGAUACUAUGGACGUAGCGGACAACGAUCGAUAGCCCAGAGUGAGAGCGGCACAGAAGCAGAUGAUGAGGGACCAUCUUUCGCACGAGCUUUACCGGCACCUGCUCUAAGACCCAGGAAAGGUCUGAAAACUGGCGAGAGCAACGAGGAUGCGCUUCUCACGCCGUCACAGCUCGAUGAUGAGGGCAGAAGGCUGUCCGAAGGUUACUUUGAAGCGAAGACGGAGAACAAGAAGCCGGCAGAAGCUGACGAAAUGUUGCAACAGAAGCUGCUGCGAAGAAGAUUCGGCGAGUUUGCCAGACGGAGCUCGGAGGUUGCGCUUAUGGGCGUGAUCUUGGUAUGUGUGCUUUGCGGCCAUGGAGUGCUACGAACAGUCCUGCGCUGGAGAUAUGAGCUGCUCAGCCACGUUCUCACGAUUGCGACACUGAUCCUGGCAUACCCGGUCAAGCUGUCAGUUGUGGACACUCGAGCGCAGCAUAUAAAGCUGUGGCAGCGCUUCCGUGUGCCUGCCUCUUUCGACCCUGCGACUGUGCUAUAUCCACCUUUACUGCCGGUACUCAUUGCACUGCUCGUUUCGCCAAUGAAUGAGGCCGUCAUACUGCCCAAUAUCAUCCUUGGGCUGGCCUCUCUGCCGCAACGUCUCUUCCCUCGGUCAAGCCGUCUCGGCUGCUUUAACGCGGUCCACUGGUUCGUCUCGAUCAUCCCGUUGAUCCUCGCGGAGCACAAAUCAUUGUUACCGUGGCAAGCAUUCAAACAGCCAUACGGAACGCUGAACACCACAAAUCAAAGCCUGACGUCGGAAGCGUUGGUCUCGCUGUAUCCAUUGCACCACGCGCUUUUGCCUGUCCUGCACUACCUCACUACGACAAGCUUACUCAUGUCCGAGUUGCACCUGCUCUCAGUGGCUCUGAUCAACUUAUUGCUUCUAUCGGUCUCGCCGCAGAUGAUUAUACUGAAGGCGUGCCUUUGGAUUGGCGGCGUCGUUGCGCUUGUUUUUUGCAAGCCAGUGCUGAACUGGAAUAUCACCCUCGCUCGUGUGCCGAAGUGGAAGCUGCGCAGACCUGGACAUACUGCAGAGGAGCGUAGGUCGCUUGUGGACGCGGUCACUGACCUGAUCAAUCUUCAACGUACGGCUGGCGCGUUCAAAACCGUCGAUGCGCCUGAGAGCGACGCGGACGAGGACGAGCCUAGAGUCUCGAUGAAAGCUGUCCCAAAUGGUGUGCCGAAGCUACACACUAGACGGCGAACGAUGGUCAGUCUACACAACACCGAUCACACAGUGCCAAUGUCUGCGACAGAGCCGCGAUCAGUGGCUUUGAACAAUCUCGUGCUCGACGGGGUACCAGAAAGGCCACGCACGCGGCGGAACACCCUUCCUGGACGUACUUCGCCCCUGCUUGUGGAUCGCGAACCGAGUCGACGCAGAAAGCCAAGAUCUAAGCUUCUAUGGGUGCUGCAAUUGACACCAGAGCAGGCACGUCGGAGAAAGUGGGUAUACGCUGCCUACAUCUACUCUGCUAUCGCUGUGAGCGUAGUAGGCCCUGUUCGCUACUACGUGCAAGAGAAGGCACUGCAUGGCUACGAGCCCGUGGGCUGGGCAGUCAGCUACCUCUUCGGCCAGAUUCCAUUACUUCGCAAUACGGUCAAGUACUGGAACGCACAAUUCUGGGUGCCUUUGCCAGAACUAGGCGGAGAUUGGCGCGAUCUUACACUGAGCGUACCAUUGGCGGUGAAAGACAUGAGAGACACGAUCGGGAUAGCAAACAUGCGCCUGCUGCUAUUCGCCUACUGGGUGGCCGUCAUCGGCACGGGGCUCUUAACAGUCUUCAGCCUGACCGCAUACGUCGAAGUCGACACGCGUCGGAAAGUCUUUCAUGGCGUCAUGGUGGCAGUACUGCUGCCUUCCAUAUUCAUCGAUCCAUGCUACUGUGCGCUUGGCUUGGCGCUGGUACUCACGGUGUUCCUGUUAUUGGAGAUCAUCAGAGCGGGACAAGUGGCACCGCUCGGCAGUGCAAUCAGCAAGUUUGUCGCGCCAUAUGUAGACGGUCGGGAUUUACGCGGACCUGUGGUUGUCAGUCAUAUAUUCCUGCUUAUUGGUUGUGCAAUACCGCUAUGGGCCUCAUUAGCGUCAAUACAGAGGGUAGGAGGCCGCCCGUGGACGGACUGGGAGCUUGCGGAGAACCAACGGGAAGUGGCUAUGCUCGCGGGUGUGAUCUGCGUUGGCAUGGGAGAUGCCGCAGCCAGCUUGAUCGGACGUCGUUACGGCAGGCACAAGUGGAUCUGGGUCGGUGGUAAGAGUCUGGAAGGCAGCGCUGCAUUUGCGGUCGCUGUCACCGUUGGGCUCAUGGCAGGCAAGGCUUGGCAGGUGUUGGGGAGUUGGAGUGACACAGUAAAGCCGUUAGAAGGACACCUUGGUCGUACUGGAAACCUGGCUUUUGCGGUGGGUUGGUUCGUGUCACUGGUGAAGGCGUUGUUCUGCGCUUGUGCGGCCAGCUUCAUGGAGGCUGUACUGACUGGAGCCAACGACAAUGUUGUCGUGCCGGUGGCUCUAUGGCUUUUAGUGAAAGGUAGUAGGCUAUGAGCAAUUGUCUCAGCUUGACGCCGUGAAUGUGCAGCGUAAAAGCUUCCAGUGAUGA